AUGUCAACCCAUCUAUUCUGUUGCACAUCCAUCCAGCCCACCAAAGUCCCAAAUCCCAACUACGAGCAGACUUUCACCGAGUUUACAAAAUGGGGCCUCACGAAAAUCGGUAAUCUACCAGGAUCCACCGAUCCCUCUGAAGCGAGCGUCUGUAUCCAGCUCGUGCGCCAAGUCAGCAGCGGGCGGAUAGAGUCUAUCCGAUACUUCGUUGCAAGUGACACGCACGGAAGUUUUGAGGAAGUCUCUGAAGAUGGGAUUGUGGAUGCGAAUUUCGUGAGGAUUCAUGAAUGCAAAAGCUUCCAAUGCACCCAACACAACCGAGUUUUUGAUCUUAACCUCUAUGAACCGAGCACAGGGAGCUCACGUAAUUGGCGGGCUAGUAUUGCGAAACCACUUAAACAGCUCGAGAAUGCGAUCAAGCACAAAAUCUCCGGAUCCGGGUCCAGGCCAAGAUCAGUGUCGGGAUCAAGACCUAUGAUCGGAUCAGCGGGAUCUGGGGCGGGAUAUGGAGCUAGUGCAAGCUAUGGAUACGGGUCCGGUAUGGGAUACGGCUCUGCCUGGGGGGCAGGUUUAGGAUCUGGUUGUGGCCCUGAUUGGGGAACUGGAGGUUCAAUGGAUUCUGACAAGCAUGCGCCGUCUUCGAUUACCGUUGAGACUGGGUCUAGUGAUUUCGAUUCUGAUUCUGAUUGUGAUUGUGAUCGUGAUGGAAAAGAUGUGGACCAAAACCAAGACCAAAGUGCGGAGAGAUCUCAGCCUGACGAUGGGAUUGAAGAUCUCCAUCAAGACAGCAACGAAGACCAGCCUGACUCAUCUUUACCUACGCUUGAUACUGAGGCAACUGAUUAUGAAGACGCAGUGUCAUCUUCGCCUCCAUCUGGGACCCAGGUCACUUCCUAUGAUGAAGAUCUGGACGGUCUUCUGAUGACUAUGGCAGCUAUUACUGCAAUGGCGGAUAUGGCCAGGAUUGUGGAGGUUGUGGAGGUUGUGGAGGUUGUGGAGGUUGUGGAGGUUGUGAUGAUUGAAAAGCCAUGUCUUGAUCCGCUGAUGUUUUGCUCGAUUGCUUUUCUUUAG